AUGGCCAGCACCAUCCCCGCGCGCCUGGCGCGCCCCGCCGCCCGGUCCGCCAGCCCCCAGGAGGCCCGCAAACGGGCCAUCCAGCUCUACCGCGACUGGUACCGCGGGGCACCCGAGAUCAUUACGAUGUACGCCAUCCCCGUCACCGCGCAGCACAUCCGGCACAGCAUCCGACGCAAGUUCGAGGAGAGUCGCUACGUGACGGACCCGCGCGUCAUCGACGUGCUCCUUCUGAAGGGCCGGCAAGAGUACCAGGAGACGAUGAACCUCUGGAAGCAGACUGACCAUGUCAUGGGUAUCAUGCUCGAGGACAGGAAGCGCCCGCCGCGGACGUUCCUGCAGAAGUUCUACGAAGGGAGGGACGAGGACGCUGUAUUGCCCGCUGCUACUGGCCUGCUCAAGUAG